CGCUGCUCCAACUGGGCUGCCAGACAGAAAAGGAAAAAAAACAUCGUCAACAGAAGAAGUGUAUGAAGGCACAAUCAACAAUGAAGAGCUUGUCUGGCUCCUGAGGGGCGUUUUUGAAUGACUGAACUCUUCCCAUGCAUUGAACAGGGAAUACGCGCGCCUAAUUCUCAGCUGAGGAUUCUACGUAGGCUGCAAACACCUAGGAUCAGAUCUUUAAACGACAACUUUUUCACGUAAAUUGACAAAAGUGAAGAAGAGAUGGCCAGUUCAGCUCGAGAACAUCUGCUUUUUGUGCGACGUCGCAACCCACAGUUACGAUAUACUCUCAGCCCAGAGAAUCUACAGAGUUUGGCAUCUCAGGGUACCAUGGCUGAGAACAUGAACUUACAGCGUGCCAACAGUGAUACUGAUUUAGUCACCUCAGAUAGCAGAUCUAGUUUGACAGCAAGUAUGUAUGAAUACACCUUGGGACAAUCUCAGAACCUUAUCAUCUUCUGGGAUAUUAAAGAGGAAGUAGACCCAACUGACUGGAUAGGACUUUAUCAUAUAGAUGAGAACUCUCCAGCUAAUUUCUGGGAUUCCAAGAAUCGGGGAGUGACUGGCACGCAGAAAGGACAAAUUGUAUGGCGAAUUGAACCUGGCCCAUAUUUUAUGGAAUCCGAAAUAAAGAUCUGUUUUAAAUACUACCAUGGUGUUAGUGGAGCCCUCCGAGCAACUACUCCAUGUAUCACUGUGAAAAAUCCAGCUGUGAUGAUGGGAGUAGAAGGCAUGGAUGAAGGUGCUUCUGGAACCCAGCACUCUCGGAAGUUAGUCAGCUUUACCCUGUCAGAUAUUAGAGCGGUUGGACUUAAAAAAGGCAUGUUCUUCAACCCCGAUCCUUACCUAAAGAUGUCCAUUCAGCCAAGCAAGAAAAGUACAUUUCCUACAUUUGCUCAUCAUGGUCAGGAAAGAAGGUCGACUAUCAUCAGUAACACAACUAAUCCUAUUUGGCACAGAGAGAAAUAUUCUUUUGUUGCACUUCUAACAGAUGUCCUGGAAAUUGAGGUUAAAGACAAAUUUGCCAAGAGUCGUCCAAUCAUCAAGCGCUUUCUUGGGAAGUUAACCAUACCAGUUCAGAGACUACUGGAGAGACAUGCAAUUGGAGACCAGAUUCUCAGCUAUAAUCUUGGUAGAAGGCUUCCAGCUGAUCAUGUAAGUGGAUAUCUCCAGUUCAAAGUGGAAAUCACAUCUUCUGUUCAUGAAGAUGCUUCACCAGAAACCGUGGGCACUUUGCUGGGAGUGAACUCUGUCAAUGGAGACUUGGGGAGCCCCUCUGAUGACGAGGAUGUGCCAGCAGGACAUCACGAUACGUCUACGGUGUGUUCCAACGGGCCAGUCCUCGAGGAAUCUUCUGGAGAAGCAAUCCCCAGACACCCUUUAAGGACUAGUACAACUCUGGAAACAGACCAGGAUGAGUUAACCUCCACUGCUUCAAGAUCAUCCCCUACCAGGGGUCGCCAGGACUCACUGAAUGACUAUCUGGAUGCAAUAGAACACAGUAAUCAUCCCAGAUCUGGUACAUCUGCCUGUGGUGAGCGUCCCCUUGGAGCAUCCCCGAAACUGAGGAGCAGCUUCCCUACUGACACAAGACUUAAUGCUAUGCUUCACAUUGACUCGGAUGAAGAAGAGCAUGAGCUACAUCAAGAGCUGGGUUUUCCGUCUUCCUUGGAAGAUGAUGGUGGUUUAGUAAUGCUUAAUGGUGCUACAAGAAGUGUUGAAAGAAAUGGUUCAAGUUACUCAUCAGAUCAGGUAAUGCAAGGGCCUGCAGAGAAUGAAAACGCUUCAGCCUCUGAAGCUCCUUUGCAAUCGACUGAUGACCAGCAAGAGACUCUCCAAGAUUUUCAACCAUCACGUGAAAGCCCACAAGGCUCUCAAAGUGAAACGCCAGCAGAACAGCCUGGCAGUGAGUUGUGUGCUGCUCAAGAGGCAGAGCAACCUCCUAGCAGUGCGGACUCAGGAGCUCCUGAUGCUGCUGCUGGGAGCAGAAGAGGUGCUAGUGAAACAGAAUCCAUUGAUCAAGGGUCUGAGCCUUCCCAGGUGUCAUCAGAAACUGAGCAGAGUGAUCCUGCUCGCACAGAAAGUGUCAGUGAGGCUAGUACCAGGCCAGAAGGGGAGAGCGAUGCGGAAGGGGCAGACAGUUCUUGCAAUGAAAGCGUGACUGUGCGACGUUCCUCAGUUGAAAUGCGAUGUUCUUUUGAAAGUGCCAGGUUUCCUGAGACUCCAGCCUUUUCUUCUCAGGAAGAGGAAGAGGCAGCUUGUGCCACUGAUGUGGCUAGAAUUGAGGCUGCUGCUGACACACAGGACUCUACAAGUACUUCUGGCUCUUUGCCUGCAGUCCAGGUACCUCAGGAGGAGGUACAGGAGGCUGAUGCAGGUAUAUUGCAAGACCAAGAGGAAGCAGAAGAAAUUUGGCAAAGAAGAAGUGGCCUGCAGGCGGCAGCUGCCAAUAGCCAGUCUCAGGAUGAAGAAAAUGAAGGAGCCCAAGCAGCUUGCGAGGGUGCCACAGCAGAAGUUGAAGGAGCUACUGGAGGUGCUCAAGCCAACGGCCAUCAGCCCUUGAGGUCGCUGCCUUCAGUACGUCAGGAUGUUAGCCGGUACCAGAGAGUGGAUGAGGCUCUACCACCAAAUUGGGAGGCUCGAAUUGACAGCCACGGACGGAUUUUUUAUGUGGACCACGUGAACAGGACAACAACGUGGCAGCGACCCACAGCCCCCCCAGCCCCGCAGAUUCUCCAGAGGUCAAAUUCCAUCCAGCAAAUGGAACAGCUGAAUCGCCGGUACCAGAGCAUCCGAAGAACAAUGACUAACGACAGGCCUGAAGAGCACACAAAUGCCAUGGAUGGAGCUGGAGAGGAAACGGACUUUCACCAUGCUAAUGCAGAUUUUCGAAGAGAGAAUGUGCUGCCUCACUCUACCUCCAGGUCCAGACUUACUUUAUUGCUCCAGUCUCCCCCCGUGAAAUUCCUUAUCAGCCCAGAGUUCUUUACAGUGCUGCAUUCUAACCCUAGUGCCUACCGCAUGUUUACAAAUAACACGUGUUUGAAGCACAUGAUCACCAAAGUCCGGCGGGACACCCACCAUUUUGAACGCUACCAGCAUAAUCGUGAUUUGGUGGGCUUCCUCAACAUGUUUGCUAACAAGCAGCUGGAGCUGCCAAGAGGCUGGGAAAUGAAACAUGACCAUCAGGGCAAGGCUUUCUUUGUUGACCACAAUUCCCGCACCACCACAUUCAUUGACCCCCGGCUUCCCUUGCAGAGCAGCAGGCCCACUAGCGCAUUAGUCCAUCGGCAGCACUUAACUAGACAACGCAGCCACAGUGCUGGUGAGGUUGGAGAGGACUCCCGUCAUUCAGGCCCACCAGUUUUACCAAGACCGUCUAGCACAUUUAAUACAGUCAGCAGAGCUCAAUACCAGGACAUGGUUCCAGUGGCUUACAAUGACAAGAUUGUUGCAUUUUUGCGGCAGCCCAAUAUCUUUGAAAUUCUACAAGAGCGUCAACCAGACCUUACCAGGAAUCAUUCGCUCAGGGAGAAGAUCCAGUUCAUCCGGACAGAGGGAACACCUGGGCUGGUGCGUUUAUCCAGCGACGCAGACCUCGUCAUGUUACUCAGCUUGUUUGAAGAGGAGAUAAUGUCAUAUGUCCCGCCACAUGCCUUACUUCAUCCCAGUUAUUGCCAGUCCCCGAGAGGCUCACCGGUGUCUUCGCCUCAGAACUCUCCAGGUACUCAGCGUGCCAAUGCCCGGGCUCCAGCUCCUUACAAAAGAGAUUUUGAAGCCAAGUUGAGGAACUUUUAUAGGAAGCUGGAAACUAAAGGAUAUGGACAAGGCCCAGGGAAACUGAAAUUAAUCAUCAGAAGAGACCACUUGCUGGAAGAUGCCUUUAACCAGAUUAUGGGUUACUCAAGAAAAGACCUGCAGAGAAAUAAACUCUAUGUCACAUUUGUUGGGGAAGAAGGGUUGGACUACAGUGGACCUUCAAGAGAGUUUUUUUUCCUGGUGUCUAGAGAGCUCUUCAAUCCGUACUAUGGUUUGUUUGAAUAUUCAGCCAACGAUACCUACACAGUACAAAUAAGUCCCAUGUCUGCUUUUGUAGACAAUCACCACGAGUGGUUCAGGUUUAGUGGUCGAAUCCUUGGUCUUGCUCUGAUACAUCAGUAUUUACUCGAUGCCUUCUUUACGCGGCCCUUUUAUAAAGCUCUCCUCCGAAUACUCUGUGACCUGAGUGACCUGGAAUACCUUGAUGAGGAGUUUCACCAGAGUUUGCAAUGGAUGAAAGACAACGAUAUACAUGAUAUCCUAGAUCUCACAUUUACUGUGAAUGAAGAAGUUUUUGGGCAGAUCACUGAACGGGAGUUAAAGCCAGGAGGUGCCAACAUCCCAGUCACUGAGAAGAACAAGAAAGAAUAUAUAGAAAGAAUGGUGAAAUGGAGAAUUGAGAGAGGAGUUGUACAACAAACAGAAAGUCUAGUUCGUGGUUUCUAUGAGGUGGUUGAUGCCAGGCUUGUGUCUGUAUUUGAUGCAAGAGAACUGGAACUGGUUAUAGCUGGAACGGCAGAAAUAGACCUGAGUGACUGGAGAAAUAACACAGAGUAUAGAGGAGGUUAUCAUGACAAUCACAUUGUAAUUCGGUGGUUCUGGGCUGCUGUGGAAAGAUUCAACAAUGAACAACGACUAAGACUUUUACAGUUUGUUACAGGCACGUCCAGCAUACCUUAUGAAGGAUUUGCCUCUCUAAGGGGGAGCAAUGGUCCAAGGAGGUUCUGCGUAGAGAAGUGGGGGAAGAUCACUGCUCUUCCAAGGUAUGAAUGUUAAUUUUCAGUAGAGGACCUUCCCCCUUAUCCGUCAUUCUCUAUGUUAUAUGAAAAACUGUUGACAGCAGUUGAAGAGACAAGUACUUUUGGACUUGAGUGAUAUACUAACCACAGUGCCCAGCUCUUUGGACUUUGUGGAUCUGUCUACUCAGAGAAUGAAUGAACGUUUGUACUGGAUUUCCUAGAGGAAAAUUGUUUCACAAUGCCAUUCCCAUAAUGAGAUUCCAUGAAGGAGCUUAUGAAGCAAUUAAAAGCAAUGUGAUAGUGGCAGAAUCCUCUACAGUGACACUAGAGCGUGCCUGAUGUGCAGGGAAAGCCAAGUCUUGCAAUCCAGUUUUUCAGGACUGCCAAACUUUUUAUGUUUGUGUUCUGAGACAACAAGAAAUGUGAUCCUGUGUUGUGAUCAACACGGCUACUGCAAAACUGACAUGUACCUGGAAAGUGGAUUUCACCAAAGUUUUGAAUAUAAAAUUCAAGUCAAAAUGUGAAAUCAUUCAGCCCCUCCCUCCCCCACAGUAACUUAGCGAAAAGUCACACGAUAGACUUUUUUUGGAAGAUUCGUAAAGGUACAUUAUUUUAUGCCAUAUGUUAUAACAGAAUAUCCAGUACUUGUUACACCUAAGACUACCAGUGCCUGCAUGGUGUGCACCAUAGAUUUCAGCUUCCUGGGCAGAAGUGAAUUGGAAGGAAAGUCUGCAGCAAAGGAUGUCACAACAACGGCUUGCAUUGAGGAGGUUUGUGGAAAUGUAUAUGCAAGUGGUGUGUAUAGCAAAAAAAGAGCUGUUAUAAAAUGAACUUAACAACUUAAUAAGACUGAUUUUAUGCUUUAUACUGCAUGGAAAUUAUUUUAAGAAGAAACUAGCAGUUUAUCACAGCAUAUCAGGAAAAAAUCCUUACACAGUGACUUCUGUUUAUUUUUAUAGGUUCAUUAUAUUAGGUUUCUUAGAGCGUAAACAGGAAACAAGCAAACUAAAAUGCUAAUUCUUUUCUUGUCACUUUCCAUGCUUAGACAGCCAUUGUGCUAGUGUUUAUUCUUUAAGCACUCUCAAGGGAAAAAAAAUGCCUUUUAUUUUUAUAAGGGUAAAAAAACUCCCAAAAUAUUUUGCACUGAAUGUACCAAAGUUGAAGGGACAUUAUGAUCUGACUGACAGCAAACUGCAUCACUAUCAAGUAUCUAUAAAAUGCUUAGGAAUCAGGCUUUCUUCAUGGUGCCAUGUCUAUAGAUAUCAGGACUGUGCACAUAAGUAAUAAUUUUAUAAUACUUACUCUAUGUGAUAUUGUAAUAUGCAUUUAUUUUAAAUGCAUCUGGGUCAUUUUUCAUGCAUUGGAAAACUUAAUGCAAUGGAGUUUAAUACAGAUAUUUCAUAUGUUCCCCGCAACUUUUUAUUCAUACAGCACCAUAAAACACUAGCUCCUCUGGAAAUCCAUGCAUAACCUACUUUAAGGUGAACUGCUCAUCAUAGUGCCACUGCCCCAUGUCAGUAAACACCUACAAGAUGAAACUGUUCACAGUCUCUUUAAGCUUGCAUUUUCACUUAUCAAAUGAAAUAACUUAUCAAAUGUUAUUUGAAUGAGUUCUUUUUUUUAUGGCAUAUCAAAUGCUGCAUGGACAUCAAUUUAUUUAUGCUUAAUUUCGCCAAAAUGCACAAGGCUUGCUGGCAUCCAUUUUUGGUACUUUUCUCCAGAUGGUGUUGUGGAACACUUAACACAGCUGCGCACGGUUUCUUGUACAGUUGCUGAGAUACAGUGCAUCCAGCACAUUUUAAAAAUUCGGAAAGUUGCACUUGGAUACUGGAUGACAAGAACAUGAAGCGGGGCCUCCUGAGAGUGCUGAGGCACAGCAAGCCCUGUUUUGUGGGCGAAGUACGUUUUGAAGUAAACUUAACGUUCUCACUUUGGAGACUCUGCAAACGGCACCUCAGGGAGGUAUCCUGCUUGUUUCUGUGGGAGUAUUUUCCUACGGAGGUGAACGUCGAUGAAGAUGUCAUCGGCGGAGGCUGCCGUUCCACCCUCCAAAUCAGAAGGCAGGUGCAAUUGUGGUGGCGGCAAGACUGAGGAAACGCGUCGGGCUUACUGAGUAAAUGUUACCUGUGCAAAGGAAAACGCACUUGGAAAAUCAGAGUGAAAGCAUCCUUUGCUUUCAGGAAUAACUCAGCUUCUGCAUGACAUCUGGGACUCACUCAAGUAACGCAAGAUUUCUUACACUACUUCUGGCUGGGAUGACGUAGCAAAGAAAAAUCCAAACAUGUCAUCCUACGUUCACACGUACGCUUACCAGCCUUUGCUAAGAUUGCAUGUCGCAGGUGUUAGCGCACAUCUUUUGUCAGAACACUGAGGAGCAGUAGGCACAUUCACUUCUCAUCAGGUCCCUCCAGCAUGGCUUCUUUCAUAUGGUCAAUUCAUUGAGUGGCUGAAACUUUGGCACUCAGAGCAGAAUGCAACUUUUGCUUGGUUGAGGGACAGCAGAAUUUUGAUUUUACAGUACUGUGUUAUCUGUGGUCUGAAAAGGAGAUUUCCCAGGUGGAAAGUACAUCUACAGGUUUUGAACCAGAAACUCUUUGGAAUGAAAAGUUUAAAUACUUGCCACAAAACGAGUUUAUACGAGUCUGCCUUUAAGUUAUGCUUUUGUACAAAUCAAAAAUAAUAAAUGCAUCUGACAAUUUUUAUUUAAAUCUAUCUACCACACACAUUUGUUCUGUAUUUACCACACACAUUUGUUCUGUAUUUAUGCAUAUAUAAAUAAUUGAGGUUAGUUGUCAUAAUCCAGGAUUCUGUGAAGAUUUGACAGGAUCACCAGUGCCGCAGGUGAAAGUUUAAAAACAAAAAAAAUGUAGAAUUCAUGUAGCAUUAGGACUGAGAAAGACUAAGGAAAAGCUGCUACUUCCUCCUUUGCUGCCAACAUCAUGUGUGGGAUGCCGGAAAAACGCUAUAUGAACGCGAUGAGGAGUCGGCUGCCCAGAAACGGCUACCGAGGUUGCCUCGGGUGCUUGGCUAGCGCCAUGUGAUAAUAGGAGCAGUGCUGGCGCUCUGAAGAGAUGAGUAGCUGGGGAGCACAGGAAAUGAAGCCUGGCCUUUCCCAAAUACCCACAUCUCCCGGCUACUGAAUGGAAUAGUCUCCCUUCCGCAUGGGAAGCCGUUCCCAUUAAAUGCCUCUCCAAGUGAAAGCCAGCUUUUGUGUCCUGCAGAUGAGUGCAGCAAGCGAUCACAGGGCUUUAGCUUAUGACGUGCAGUGAACAGGCGUAAGGAUCCCAAAUAGAGAAGCCUUCCUGAAACGCUCUCUCCUCAGAGCUUUUCCAACUGGUGCUAAGGAGUUUCAUGUCUAGGGAGGAAGCGAACCAGGCUACGUGUGGAGCAGGCAGUAGCUUCCCUUCAGCCCCAGCGCGGUGCCAGCUGGCGUUCACAUAACCUGCAGCGUUUCCGUCAGACAGAGCGUCUGGCUGGGGAGUGCCUCCGGGAGUUCAGGGGAGGUGCCUGCGUUUCCCACUCUGCCAGAAGUGGCACUGCUGGUCUAAAAGUGCCAGCAAGCCUGGGCAGCCUGCGCAGCCGGGCUGUCCGCACGGGGCCAGCCGGCGCCUCCAUCCCCAGCACCCGGGGGGACCUGGCCUACCUCCUGGGUGCGCAGCGUCCCCGGGCAAGCAGAGGUGCAUUCACACACUGCGCGCUACUAGUGAUCAAUUCAACUGUAACUGCUAAAUACACUGGAAAAGCUGGUAAUCAGUGAAUUUAUGCGAUGCAUCACCUCCUAUAGCAAGCAGUCGCCCCUUCAAAGUCUGCAAGGCAGAAGGAGUCACUUAGCAGUAUUUGCACCCAGCGCAGUUAGGAGAUGACUGUCUGUUACUUGUGCAGCGCCGCCAGCUGCACGUUGCAGAUUAACGUGUGAAAGGAUUCUCUUAAUCCAAAAUGAAUUCCAAUUUAAUAUGUAAAAUAGUUCUGCUGACUGGCACCCCCCCCCCACGCACACACGCGCCAUCAGGUGUUCCUUGGUAUUCUUCAAACACUUCCCUUUUUGUUUCCAAACAUGAUUUUCAUUAUUCAUGCCGUGAACCUACCAUAACAAGGUGUUAACAUUGCUUGGAGAGUAUCUAGGGUGAAAUCCAUCUGAGUACACAGGCCUGCUGGGCACCACCUAUACUCCACAGUAAAGCUGUUAACCUCAGGUCAUUCAGUAUAUGGUAAAUACGUGUAAUCUUGAGGAAAACUGCAAAUCUAGGCAGCAGCAUGCUGACAGGACAUCGGACAGACUUUCUGGCGUGAGGUAAACUGGCAAAGCACUGGACUGGUAGUUUGUUUGUUUUUAAUUAUAAGAGAGAGAACAGUUUAGUGGUUUCCUAUGUGUUUUUAAUCCUCCUAAAGCCCCAAAAGCCCUUGCCUCUGAAGCAUUAGGAACGGUAUUAUCUGGCUGCUCUAGGUAAUCUCAGUAUUAAUUGCAGGGGUUUGCGGAGUCCCUCCAGAGUUAACUGCUGAGGUUCUUGGAGAUGCUUACAAGCGCCUUGCCUAGGACAGAGGGGGUUCUUGUUCGCAAAACGGAAAUCUGUGCUAGCUAUGUUGGAGUAGCCUCUAUAAAAUGCAUUUGCUGUAAUACAAAGGUAGUUAAUCCUUUUCAGCAGUUGAAGCUUAUUUGUAUUAAAUUAUACUAGUAAUUAUGUUUAUCUUGCCACUGAUUUUAUGUGGAAGGGUAAUUUAUUCCUAUUAACACUAAUGGGAAUUAAGCAAUAAGUAUUGUUUCCAGUCAUAAGGUUACAGACUUUUGCCUUAAUGUGAACCUUAUAAUACUAAUACUCAACACCCACUGCUGUUUCCCUUUCUCAUCCAUUGCUCGCCACCUGCAAAAGGUAAGCCAAUUCUACUUCAAGCAAAAUUUCAGAAUAAUUGCUCAAACCUGGUUUCUUAAACUGUCUGCAUUUUGGCUGUACUGCGCAGGCCAAAACAGAACUGCAAAAAUAUUAAGGGUUGACUAGCUGACAUACUGCAAGUUAAAAACCUUUACAGCGUUAUUAGCGCCACCGCAGUGGCUGCUGUAGUCGAACCUUUUGCCUAAAUAUUUUAACAUAAGAAAGAGUUUAGGGGGGUAGUAAAUUUGAAAUUGCUUAUCUGCUGGAAAGAUAAAUACACAUUGAACAAAUAUUAAACAGUAACUGUUGAAAAGACAGCAAGUUUAAAAGCCUUUUUACAAGCCUUUUUUGUUACUAGUAAGAUGAGAAUCAUUAAGCUGAACACAUAAAAGUAGAAUACCGUUUCCGUAGCAUGUGUUGUUUUUUAAAGAAAGGUAUUGUUCAGGUCAAAACUUCAUAGGAUGCUAUUUUGUCAGCUUUACUCAGUGUCGUGUUAUGUCAUAGACGUUUUUAGGUAAACUCACAACUAAUUUGAGAGUUCUGUUUAAAAUCAGUGAUGUUAUAACGACUCUUUUGUCCCUGCUCCGUAAGACUCCUGACUGUAGGUAAAAAGAUGACAGUCAGGGAUUCCUCUGGAACGGCUACAGUCCAGUGUAAUGUUUGUAUCUAUUCAAAGUGCCACUGACAUAUCCCCUGAGGGCUAUUUGAAAAAGUUACUGUGCUCAUUAAUUAGCCCUCUUCUGAAUCAAUAAUCAGCAUUCUGAACUUUUUUCCAUUAUGCACCAAGUGGAGUUAGACUAUGUCACAGAAUAAUAAUAAAAAAAAAUGCAGCUACAGAUAUAUUCUAACAAAUCUCUUAAAGUCAUGGUGAAUGCAACAUGGAGCCAGGCUAUGUUUGUUUGAAUCCUUCAUCCUUUUAAACCACUUAUAACAGAAAUUAUAUUUUGUUUUUGAGUACACAGUUAUUUUAUUCUUAGUACAUUCGGAAACUUACCAGUCAGCCCCUACUAGAAAAAGCUCCAUAUACUAAGAGUGGGAUUUCUAACCGCCCGGGGCACGCUGUUCCGCUAAUUUAACCCAGUUUUGUGCUACUCUCAAGGUAAGCAGCUUUUAAUUGUGUAGACCUACAAUACUCCACAAGAGUCUGGCGUCCCUUAUUCUGAGCUGCCUUCCAAGGCCGUCCUCUCCCUUCUAAUUGCGCAUAAUCCUGCAAGCACCCCGAGAGAAACACUGGCCAACUGCACUGACUGUAACUGUAGGAGCAGAGUAAGAUUGUGCUCUUUUUCCUAUCGAGAAUUAAGCUGGUCUCCUUUGCAACAAGAGUAACUCCCAUCAGUGCAAAGAGUCAGGAGCCUAAGAGUUACUCUGAAAUCUAGAUCUUGUGCGUGGUUUAAGAAAAAACAUCUCUUCAUCCAAUAGUCAUAAAAGUUACUUGGAAAACAAAUAUUGGAUUAUGUAUCCAGUGGUCGAAUAUCCUUUGACUUUGGUUUUGUGAAGUUAAUCAAGAGGCAGGGGAUUUUUUUCUUACAAAGCUUUCUAUCGCCAGAGUUUUGCCCGCUUGCUGCUAGCAGGCUUUUGGCUGCCGGCGUGAGUAGCCCUCGCAGUGCCGCGGGUCAGCGCUGAUCCAGCCGUCGCUGAGGCGAAGGAGCUGCGGCUUCGGUGAGGACCAGGCCCUCCACAGGUGGAGGCUUUAGUCACGCAGCCCUUGAUAGGGGUUUCUCCCAAAAGGUAGUUCAGGUCUCCAUUUCCUGUUAAUAGCAACAUGGGCAGCUCGUGACAUAGUCUAUUGACUUACCUGUUCAGCACCUCUCAUUUUAAAUCAAGAAAAUUAUGAUUUUUAUAGUUGGAAAUAUUGACUCCAUUGUCUUAUCUAAGAGUUUUGAAUCUAGCUGAUAAAGAUUUUGCUCAGAAAUUAUAAUCGAUUGCAGUGCUGACUGCAGUCAGGCAUUGGAGCUGAGUAAUUUUAAAAUAGAUUCCUGUAUGAAUAAACAAAUAAAACUCUGAAGCCUCAUAAUUUAUGCUAAAGCAGGUAUGCAAUUGUAGGCAUUGUAAUGAUAAGAGAUGGUAGUUCCACAUAAAGGUACAGCAUAUAACAUACGGCCAGGGAAGAGUGCUGGAGUGAAAACAAGACUGACAGAGUAGGGACGGAAAUAGGAUUAGCUUUUGGAAAUAGGGUGUAGGACAGUGAGCAGUGCUGAGCACCAAAUAUACAGCAUGGGAUACUUUUUGUUUGAAAAUUAAGGUACUAUACCCCAGAAAAGUUACCAUUAAUCCUGAAUUACAGUAAUGUUGCCACUCCACUGCAGGAUACAUUUUAGCUAGUUUUUAAGUUUUUAGAAUCUGAACUAGAAGAUCAGAAAAAUGAUUUCUCUUUUGGUUGUUUUUAUCUUUUUGGUUUUGUUUUUUUAAUUGGACUACUCUCAAGAAAAUGAAGGCUUCUAAAUAAAACAAGGGUGGCGUCUGGGAGUUUUAUUUAUUUUUGUUUUUACAAUUAUUGUGUUUAUUGCUAGCUGUAUUGGCAAGCUAAACAAUAUCUGAUAAAAAGUUAAAUCAUCACUACUAACUGUAACUUUCAUUUUAAAUGUAAUGGGCCAAAUCCUAACUACCUAAAAUUCAGAUAUGUGAAAAUGCACAUGUUUUAGCUGGUGGGGUUUUGUGUUACAGUUGCAUAAGAGCCGUAAAUUUCCACCAAGAGUUUUUUUUGUCAUUCAGGAAUAGUUGUGAAGUUUCUAAAGUGUAUUCUAGGUGAUAGUGCAAUGGCCUAGUUGGCUUUGGCCAAGAUGGUGCGAGUCCUGACUCCUCUCUGGCUCUAGUGACAGCAUCAAAAAAAAAAAAAAAUUGAGACGGUAAGAAGAAUGUCAGCAUCUGAACAAGACAAUCUAAAAAAACAAGACAAUUGGAUGAAGUUGGGUAUGAAAGUCAAAAGAAGAAUUCUUUGCAAGUUUCUUUUUCAACAUGGUAACUGAGGUGGUAGAACUUUCCUAUAAACUUUAAGUCCCAAACUAGAAGAUGACUAGUAUGUUGGACCCUAAUGCUUCAAUAGUUCCAUAUAGCAGGACAUUUUUCUGCAAUGAGUUUACAACACUCAGGAGACUGCUGUUAAUUAUCAGCAUUGCAGGGAGGAAGAUUUUUAAUGAUAUUAAGUACAUAAAUCAUCUUAGGAGGAUGCUUUUUCUUUGUAAUCUGUUUUUCCUUGGAAUGGCAUCACCUUGAGGGUGUCCGUGAAUCUGGAUCAGCAAGGUUGCCUUUUGUAUAAGCAACUGAACAUUUAUACUUGUAAGGGCUGGUAUAGUAUGGAAGGGGAAGACUUUGGAGAAAAGGAAGUCACCAAAUUGAACGUUUGGUGCGGAAAGCUGGUGCCCGCAGGUCAUUCAGUAUUCUUGUCCUUGCGAGGCUACAGUUCUGGUUUUCAGUAUGUUUGAAAGUGCAUGUAGUUUUCUGAGUUUUUGUAGUGGGGAUGCGGGCAUCCAGAAUCUAACAGGUAUAUAGGUGCAUCUCCCUCAUUUUUGACAAUUACUUGAUCUAGUUUUAUACCAAGUUCUUUGUUUUUAAAGAAUUUCAGGCACUGAGAAUAUAGAGUGCAUAUUUAUUUCUAAGCUUUAAGUAGAACACAUGUGGUGUAUUUUUUAAUCCUUUCCAUAGUUUUCAGUUUGGUAUCCACAAGACUGUAUAUCAAAUACAAUGCCAAGUUUUUCUAUCUUUCUACAAGACAAUUUAAGUUUCAUCUGAAUUUGGUAUAUGUCUUUCACAAAAUACUAAAUGGGGAAAAUGUGCUUCAAGCAUUAAGAUGGUGUGUGUCUUUUUCUCCAUUUACAUUGCAUCACUUUUUUUUUUUUUCUUUGAGGCAGAGAGCAGAUAUGAAAUGUGCUGAGUGUGUUACAGGGGCAUUUCAUUGUGCCUGGCUUCAAGGAAUGUACUGUAAUGUUUGACUGCUCAUAGAUUUGCAUAAUUAUCUAAUCAGUUGAACACAGGACUGUUGUGUUGUAUUUCCUGUUAUUCAAAACCAUUUGGGGAAAAGAUUUUUCUGUGUAUAAUUUUAUUUUCAUACUGAUAUCUAUUUUGUUUAAGACCAUGUUUCAUCCUGAAAUCACUUAAUUCAAAAUAAAUCUUCUUACAAAAUCCA